AUGGAUGGAUGGAUGGAAUGGAUGGAUGGAAUGGAUGGAUGGAAUGGAUGGAUGGAUGGAUGGAUGGAAUGGAUGGAUGGAUGGAUGGAUGGAUGGAUGGAUGGAUGGAAGGAAGGAAGGAAUGAAGGAAGGAAGGAAGGAAGGAAGGAAGUGGGGAGGAAACGAAGAAUAGAAAAAAAAAGUAUUUUAAGCAAUUGCGAGAAAGAAAGACCAAUGAAAAAAAUAUAUUUUUUUUUUUCUUGGUUAUUGUUGUAUCAACAACGGAUAAGCUUUGUCGUUGUUGUUGCCGAUGCUGCUGCUAUUUCGGAGAUGAUGCAGUUUUAUUAA